UCUCUCGCUCCGCGGACCUUGUCGCCCUCGGAGGGUUAUAUAGCAAGUGCUCAGAGAGCCCGAAGUCGCUAACUGCCGACUGCCGAUUGCCAUUAACCAGUCGACCAUGCUACUUGUACAUUCACUCUAUGUAAAAGUUCUACUUCAAUACGCCCACCCCAGGCCUGUUUCCUCGGAGCCAUGCUAGCAGCAAGCCACAGCCCCGACACUUGGUUCCGCGCCUGAGGUCGUCACCCUCCCGAACGCAACAACUGGUUGGCAGCGACGGGAUGGACUCCACGCAGACCAUUGAUCGCACGUGUGGAUGCUGCUAUCCGCUGCCUUGUCAGCGGCGCAGCCAACUGCCCCUCCUGGAUGCACACUUACCGUCAACGCCCCUUCUUUCCUGGACGCGAGCACCUUCUGCAUGGUGGAUAUGCCCGACGCCCCGGCUUACAUCCCGCCAAAACUGAACGACGAAAACCUCUUCACCUGGCAACCUGGAACGAUGUCCGAUGCAUGUCUUCAAAAGCACUCAACGCAGCUCUACCAGUCGGCGCGCGGCAUCGUCACGGAAACUACGAUGACCUUGUUUUUGGUGCAGAGGCUUUGCUGGUUCUUCAUGGCACCUCUGCAAGCACGUCAUACCCAGAACAAAAUCCAGCGCUUCAAGAGUACCAGGAUCAAUCUUCGUUUUUUCCCCUCGAAGAGACAUGGUACGUGGCGUACAGAAACUACGAGACGGAUCCAUUUUUCGGCGGCUCGGCUAAAUGUGUCAGGUUCAGCGAGAGAGAACCCGGAGAAAACGGCACCUAUCCAAUUGUUAUCGAGUACGAUCCAAGCUUCUCAGCUAAUUUGGCAGUAACUCUCAGCUCAUCUCCAGGAUAUACAGUAAAAAACCUUGUGAAUUUUCAACCUCCAGGUACUAAUAUGAUGGCGUCGGGUUUUUCAUCGUACAAAGACGUGAAGAAGUGCGAUGUGGUCCGAUUGCCCUACGCAGGCGAAAAGGCAUGUGCCCUCCUCGUGCCCAAGAGCCAACUGGGACAUCACGAGACGUGCUGCGACUUCAUUUUUGACCUACUCUGCGAUGCAACAUCGAAGUUUGACAUUUCAGACAGCAGCUGCCCAUAAAAGGCUUGAUGCAGCCUUAUACAUCUUGUUUGUUGCAGUCGAAUUUAUCGCUGUUAUCAAAUAGCCAUAACUCUUGGCAAUAAAAACUCGCCACGGUUGUAAAAAAAAUUGAAUGCAAUUCUUUUUUAUUUUGAAAUUGGGCGUAGACUUUCUAGGGUUAUCGAAAAUUAUGCUGUUUGCGUCGAAAAACACGCUAGAAAGCGACACUGAGCAACACCUGAAUGUCACGUGAUACCCGGAAUGUGAGGAUGCUGGGUUUGUUCGCAUCGUGGACGCCAGAGCGGUACUGCGGGAUCGCUUGCUUUUGAACGCUGUGCGGGGGUUCGUUAUUAUUGUUCUGUCAGCGGUGGCACAACAUAUGCGACUGAGAAAGGUGUAAUUUCCAUCCAUGUCAAAAAAAAAAAAAAAGAAACAACUGGGAAAGUAGAGAGUUUAUUAAAACGGGGUAAAAAGGUGUAAGCAAGCGUAAUGUUGUGCUCGAACCAGAUAUUAGAUGCUUUCACGACGUAUCGUGUUGUGUUUUGUAUUAUGUUUUGCUUUUCUUUGCGAAUGUGUUUCGUUCUCUUAACGGGUUUCUCUGGCGGGACUCGGCACCAACGAUAAUCCAAUAAUCCGACGCCUUUCCUUUUGCCCCGCAUUCAAAUUUAUUUCUCCGUCUCCUCCUUGUCACCUGUCUCGCUGCAAAGAUGAAGAAAUUAACGGCCUUUUUUUAUGUUGUCCGAAACGAAAGGACGCUUCUGUGUCUGUUCAACAACUUGGGUCCCGAGGAUCUUACAUUUGAGCAGGUGUUGCCUUUCUUACGGCGCAAAAGCUACGGUGCAGUGUUGUGAUUGAGGAAAAAAGAAGAGUAGCAACUUAUGUUGUAUGUUUUCUAUUUCGCCUAUAUGUAUAGCCAUUGGAAAUAUUUAUUUUGUGCAAUAAA